UAAAACUUGUUGGAGGCACAAGAAGUUGGGAGAAAAUAGCUUUCAAGGAAAACAUGGAAAAGGCUGGGAUAAAGUUUAUUUUUUUCUUUGCUCUCCUACUCUUCAUAGCGGGUACGGAGAUGAGAGUUGCGGAAGGGAGGGGACCCAUUGUUUCAUUCAGAUGCAGUGAGGCGAAAGAAUGUGCUGGGUGGUGCAUAGCUGCUGAAUGUCAAGUUUGUGCUUGUUCAAACCACAAGUGUAUUUGUAAUGCUAAUGCACUAAAUCAAAUUAUGAAUCCCCCAUCCCUCGCACAUUAAUAUAAGAUAAUAAAGUG